AUGGAGGCGCAAUUUGCAGAGGAGCUUAAGCUACUUCUAGAUCAAGCUCAGGCCUUGAUGGAUCGGCCAGAAGGUUUCCCUCUUAUCAAUCUUCGGAAUAUACUCGAUGAUGAGCGGCUUGCAACUAUAAAGCGGAUCUAUGACAGCUGCACCCGCGAUGACUGUGGAAACGAAGACGUCGAUCCAGAUUCUGGAGUCGAAGUACAAGAGCAAGACCUGAGACCGCUGCGAAAGAAGCGGAAAAUUGGUGGAGAAAAGAAGAGGGUCGUUCUGGGUGGCCCCGCAGACCCAUGGAAGCGUAUAACGAAUAUGCCCCAGCUACCCGCCUUAGCUGAGUAUAUUUGCGCACAUUUGAGCAAGUAUCCAGACUCUCAAGACGCUGAAAAGUUUCUUAGAACUUUGACACUUUCAAGCAAGUGUGGUGAAUACGACUCUCGAGAUGAUUUAGGUAACGCGUUUAUGGCUCGCUACUCGUGGACUCAACAAGUCGAGCGUCGCAAUGAGCAAGUCUACGUCCUACAGCUUUUUAAUGACCUCUUUUGGUUUGACAUGAUGCAAAUUCUACGACCGCGGGGUACAGGGCGUGUAGGCGAUUCGAUGCUGCAAGAGCUCCGUCGCUUCCUAGCACCGUUGAAUUUCAAACAACUGGGAUUAGAGCAGGAUGUCGUUAUAGCUAACGUAGGAGAAUGGAGUAUACGCGGAUCGAAGAUCAAUAAGCUUUGUAAGCUUUACGGCUCUGGGGCGAUUUUAAUCUUGCAUAAACAGCUCUCUAGAAGCUUCCUUGAAGGGAAAUUCACGGCUUCAGGGCCGUAUUUUAAGGGCGCUGUCGAGCGACUCAACGUGUUAAAGCUGAAGGAUUACGUCAAAAACACUGGGGCUGACACGCUUGCCACACGGAUUCGGAAGCUUCUCGUGAAACCCUUCCAGGAAGCGUACAAUGAGAACAACCGUACAUAA